GCAGAAUACUAGUUAGCAUCACAAACACUUCCACCACUAGUGUUUGCAAACGCACGGGUCGUCCCAAAAGGCUGCGACGGAAUCCUGGUGAAAGCUUGCAUUUUGGAUUCCUCUGUACUAUUUUUUUUUUUUUUUUUUUAUAUGUCUGUGCAUGGUGUUCGAAAUUAACUGUCUAACCAUGUAUUCCCGGCACCGUUUCUACCUUGGAACUGAGGCCACGUAUAUCGCAAAAGAGAACGGGUGGGUCCGUAAUGUACAGUAGGAAAAUAACUGCUUUCUCAACUCAAGGUCCAGGUUGAGGCCUGCAUGUUAAAGAUCCCUUUCCUCCCAUCCUGAAUCUCAUUGUGAUGACUGAGGAUCAACAACAACAUGAUCAGCUCCCGAAGCUGGGCUCUGGAAUAAGCACCUUACCAUCCCUAGUUCCUGGACUGCAAGGGACUGAGGCCAGUGCGUUGCAGCUCAAAAUAAAGAAUUCCAUCUGUAAAUCUGUACAGUCAAAGGUGGACAAUAUUUUGCAAGAUGUGGAGACGUUUACAGACAUCGAGAAACUCUACCUCUACCUUAAGUUGCCUUCUGGUCCCAGCAACAGUGAAAAAAGGACUGAGAGAGGGUCUGCCAGUCCUGGAGAACUGUCAUGCAGUGAUCAGAGCUCCAUGUCAUCAAGCCGCACUCAGCAGAUGCACGCGUUCAACUGGAUUCGCAGUCACCUAGAGGAACACCCAGAAACCUCCCUGCCCAAACAGGAAGUCUAUGACGAGUACAAGAGCUAUUGUGACAAUCUCUGCUACCACCCACUGAGUGCGGCGGACUUUGGAAAGAUCAUGAAAAAUGUAUUUCCAAAUAUGAAGGCACGUCGACUUGGCAUGAGAGGCAAAUCAAAAUACUGCUAUAGUGGACUGAGGAAGAAAGCCUUUGUCCACAUGCCAUCUUUACCCAACCUGGAGUUACAUAAAACAGGGGAUGGGUGUGAGGUGCUGGAGGCCUCAGGUCAGCUGUGCAGUGUGGAGGAGGAGGUGCGCUCUGCAGCCUGUGGCCUGGUGUGUGAUUGGGCCCAGAAGGUGCUGAGCCGCCAGUUUGAUGCUGUGGAGGACCUGGCUCGCUUCCUCCUCAACAGCCACUACAUCGGCACCAAAUCUGUGGCAGCCCUUACUGUCAUGACUGGUACACCAACAGGAGUUAAAACGCCACUCCCAUCCUCAGCAUUCGCACCAACAGCUGAAGCCCACUCCUUCCAGUCCCAAGUGAAGACCCUGCCCUCUCCCUCCAUCGAUGCCAAGCAGCAGCUCCAACGGAAGAUCCAGAAGAAGCAGCAGGAGCAGAUGCUGCACUCCCCCCUCCCCGGAGAGACUCAGGCCAGGCGGGCUGACGGGGGCACGCCUGGUGUCGGCUCCAUUACCUGUAGAAGCCCAGCCCUGCUCUCCCCACAUCCCACCAUUGGCAUUAUGGUAGCUGCAGUCCCCAGCCCCAUCACGGUACAAAGGAGCAGGCAGCUGAUGUCCCCCAGUCCUGUGGGAACAUCGGAGAGCAAGAUUCUGCCUGUCAACUUCCAAGUGGUGACCCAGUCAAUGCAGCCUGUCAAGUGUCCCAAGACCCCUCAGAAUAUCCCAGCCAGCCCUGUGGGAGACCGCUCUGCCCGCCACCGCUAUGCCCAGAUUCUGCCUAAACCCUCAGCCACCAGCGCCAUCACCCUGCGCUCGCCCCCCACCCUGCUCAUCACCAACAGCCCCAUCAAGACCGUGAUGCAGCCCACACCCCACAUCAGCACUGUCAACGUGGUCAAGAUGACCACCAUAUCCCUGGCUCCCAACUGCAGCACUACAACCACCCUAACCAACACCACCUUAAGGCCUGCAUCUGCUGGCAUGGGCAGCACUGUAGCCCUGGAUGAGAGCAGACCCAGCCCACGGGCCAGGAGUGGCUCUGUGGCCCCCAUCCUGUCCCCCUUAGCCAGGUCAGGCCGGGCCACCACCACACCUACCAUCGACAUCAAGAUGAUGGAGGGUGACGCCAUAAGUGAGGGCAGUCCGGCCCUGGGUGCUAGCAGGCUUACUAUGACUCAGGAAGCUGCAGGGGGCCAGAGGGCUGGAGGAGCUGUACCAAGGGCUGCCAGUGUGCCCAUGCCUCACACUAAAGGCUCCCUGGGACUGGAGGCAAUGGCUGGAACCAAUUGCAAUGGCAAGUCCUCUUUGAGCAACAAUACUGUGGCAGCUACAGCUGGUAGCAAUAAUAACACCAAUAACGAAAGUACUUUGUAUUUGACGGUCUCCAAUCAGAAUACCAGCACCACUCUGUCACCCAAUGGCGGCACUGUUGCCACAUCACUCAUCGCGUCCAAGAGCCCCAGGAAGCGCCCAGGCGUCGGCUCAGAGUCUUAUCCCACGCCUGUCAAAAGGGUCUUCAUCUCCCAGCAGUCUCUUGGGGGCUCCGAUGGUUACAGACAUGGGAUUGGUGCAGGAGUGAAGAAACUCCCCAGGGCAGGAACCCCGGUCAGACCUGAAAGUGCACCAGCCAUCGGCAAAGUUACUGUGAAACUGAACUCCACUGUCCCAACUCGAAUCCUGUCACUCUCUGAUUCCCCCUUCGGAACCAGAGGCUUCCAGACUGUUGUCAAGCCACAGAACUCCGUGCAGAGAAGAGACACUCUGACCACCAUGGACACUAGCAGCAUCAGCAACGUUAGUGCCCCGGCUGGUCAUGCACGAAUUCAGCACCAGCAGCACAUGACAGGUAACAUGCAAUCCAUGCCCAACAGCUCUGCCCUACUGGAGCAGUCUACUGUGAGUGACUUGAGGAACACCAUGUGGGUCGGGGGCCAGCUGGAGGGAGGUAUGCAACAGCAGCAGCAGGCCUACGCCCAGCAGAUCACAGACCACAAGCAGGCAUCCACACCGGUCAUGGAGCCCCUGGCCAUGAUGGGCCAGGCCCCAGCCUCUAGCCAACUCUCCAUGCAGACAGACAUGGACUACUUCCAUUUCAAUGAUGACGAUAUGACCCAGGACAGCAUCGUGGAGGAGCUGGUGCAGAUGGAGGAGCAGAUGAAGCUCAACAGCAGUCUGCAGGCCUUCGGAGCUGACGUGACGCUGCAAGGCCAUCAGUCUGUAAUGCAGGGCAACAGGAUGUCCUCCAACCAGACAGUGACCCCUUACUACCAAUCAGUACACAGCAGCACCACCCCUGUCCACACCCCCAUCCCUACCCCAACUCCCACCCCCACAUCCACCUCUGAGAUGAUGGGAGGAGGCCAGGGCAUGACUAGGGAGAGCCCCUGCUCCCGCAUGGCCCCCACCACCCCGGUGGACAGUGCCCUGGGGAGCAGCCGACACACCCCCAUCGGCACGCCACACUCCAACUGCAGCGGCAGCGUGCCCCCCAGCCCUGUGGAGUGCAGGAAUCCCUUUGCCUUCACUCCCAUUAACUCCAGCAUUACAGGCUACCACGACGGCAGCAUUGUCUCCAGCAGCCCCGUCAAGCCCAUGCAGAGGCCCAUGGCUACUCACCCAGACAAGGCCAAACUGGAGUGGAUGAACAAUGGUUACAACAACAGCGGGGGGAACUCCAUCAACGGCAUCAGUAUCCUCCCCAGCUAUCAAGACCUAGUCGACGACCACUUCCGAAAGCCCCAUGCCUUCGCCAUCCCUGGCCAGUCCUAUCAGUCUCAGAUGAGGCACCACGACGGACACUAUGGCCGCCUGACACCCAUCUCUCCGGUGCAGCAGCAGGCAGCCAGUAUGGCCAACCUGAACAAGCAGGAGGGCUUCGCUGUGCCCGCUCCUCUGGACAACAAGACCACCAGCACAUCCUCAGCAGGCGGGACCUUCCGCUGUCGUAGUGUGAGCCCUGCCGUGCGCCAGCGAAACCUGAGUGGCAACCAGGGCCUGCAGAACAUCCCCCGAACAGUGGUGUCCCCCUUCACCUCCCCCGUGACCCCCGAGAUGAUCAACAUCUUCGCCAACAGCCAUGUGGAUGUCAGCGUCAGCAGCAUGGCACAGAGGAGCCAGUCUGUGCCUGUCAACGUGAUGAUGCAGACGGAGGUGCUGCCCAUGCAGGGCCAGACCAACAGCAAAAAGAUCACCAACGUGCUCCUGAGCAAGAUGGACGGGGACAGUGAUGACGCGGUGCGGGGCCUGGGUAUCAACAACCUGCCGUCCAACUACACAGCCCGCAUGAACCUCACCCACAUCUUAGCGACCACGCCCAGCUUCCCCAGCAGUGCCAACCAUCAGACUCUGAUGACUUCCAACGCUCAGAAUGCGUACGAGUUUCAGAAGCCUGGUUACCUCAUGAAGAACUCUAGGAACGAACAGAUGAUUCUCUCAGCAGGUGACAGCCAAGCACAAUCAGCUACUGGAGAACAGCAGCAUCAGCAGAGACAGCCUAUGCUGCUGGCCCAGAACCUUCAGCAGCAACAACAGCAGCAGCAGCUAGAUUUCAGCACCACCGUUAAAGACCUCUUAGUGGACGGCAGCCAUACUCCUGGCAAUCAGCUCGUGGGACAGGUGACAGAACUCAACGCUGUGGGGUCUGAUUUUCGACUGACCUCUGAUCUUUCCAGUAGCAUCAAUGACCUGAACAAUUUGGACACAAACCUUCUGUUUGACCCCAAUCAGCAGCAGGGACAAUAUGAAGACUCUACACUGGAGGAACUGAAGAAUGAUCCGCUGUUCCAGCAGAUUUGCAGUGAGACUGCGAAUUCCAAUGGAUUUGAUUGGCUGGAAAGUAAAGACCAGCCCACAGUCGGGUUAAUGGGUUAAUAUGGGCUCUGCUUUUAUUUCAUGAAGGUUUGUUUAUACCUAUUGUUUUGUAAAAAUCUUCUUUGGAAUUAUUCACAUUGACAUUGUAUAGCACACUGCAACACUCUGGAUACAAUGACUUUUGUCCAGUCUAAGUGCCAGGCUGAACAGAAAUGAUCACUCUUACAAAUAUGCUGGUUUUCUCUCACAGCUCAUCGCUGGUGCUGACUCAUCCAUUUCUCCCUCUUCAGACAUCAUAAAGUCAUUCAAGAGCAUUUAAAUCAAGACAGUAGAAUAACAAGUAUUUUUACAUUUUUAGAAGGACAGGAUAUAAAGAGAUCUCUUAAAGAUUACCAAACAUCUAUCUGUAGACUAUCAUUUUGGAUAAUGUUUUUGUUCAGGAGCUGUUGACUAAAACAAGAGGUUUGGCAAAUAAUUGGCAACUGUUCCUCCCUCUGUAAAUUGUUUUCCUUCCAUUGAGGUAGAUUUGAAGAUUUGCUUUAGAAGCAUACUGUUGUGCGAGAACGUUAAAUGGGGCGUAUGCUCACCUAAUAUGCCUCUGUACCUCUCAAUGAAGAGUUGAGAUACCUUGAGAGGGUAUUUGCAGUAGCAUGCACUGGUGCUAAUGUUUCUCAUUGCCGUUUCAAGUCUUCUUAAGGAUUGCAGGUGCUUCCAAGUGCAAGACAAAUAUACCAAAAUCAAUCAAUGGUUAAAAACAAAUCCCCCUGUAAAUAAAAAUGUAUCAUUGGUCCACUUAAAGAACCAUGUUUUAUAUAUUUCCACACUGUGGUUGGAAUAAUACUUUGAAAAUGAUAAUGCCCUUUUAGUUUAGGAGCUGUUUGAAAAGACUGCCUGAACUUUCAGCCUGUUUAGGUGAGAUGGAGUUUUGGCCUGCAUGGUGACAUCAUCUGGCAGUAUAUGUAUUUAAUAGACCAAUAAGAGAGUUCCAAACCUUCUGCCAAUAACAGCUAGUUUUUAGGUUUCCCAUCCCUACUCAGUCCUAGCAAAAUUCUUGCUUUGUGAAUUUGUUCUUUGCUAAGAAGCUAUUUUUGUUACUUUUUGACCAUUGUUUUCAAUUAAAUCACAGUACGGUACUUCAUUUUUACCCAGAAAUAAAUGAUUUGAUAUUGAGAUAAAAACAGCUGCGUUCGACCUUUAACAUACAUUGUUUGCAAUGAUAUUGAGGCAAACUAGUUCCAUUCUCUCAGAAUUGGUAUUUUUACAAGUAGGAAAACAGCAGCUGUUUGAAAAAGAAUCUGUGUGACUCUACAGAAUAUUAUUCAAACUAUAGAUUUAAAGGUCAAGAUAUACUGUCUGUAUACUAAACUUGUCAGAAGAUGUCUGAUUGACCGUUUUGCUGAAAUGUUAUGCAAACUUUACAAAUAAGAUAUUGACCACUCAAAUUCCAGUGUGCAUGGUACAAAAAAUGUAGGCUAUUAAAUCGAGAUUUGAAUUUGGUUGAUGUACUAUGUCUUUUCACCUUUUCAAAUUUCCCCUCAUGUCCCAGUAGUUAAUGCACUUUGAGUACAGUGAAACUGAGAGCAGGUAGCUGAAGAACAACAGAUGUUAUCUGUUAAUAUUGUCAUUUUGUAGGCCUGCUUCACACACAUUUUGCCCUGAAUGCUGACAUUCUUACUGUAGUUGAGCUCCCCUGCCCUUAGUGUCGAAAGGAUUGCUUUGUUUGGAAUCGUAUAUGUUUAUAAGACUUAAAACAAUCGUAAUAGAGACCUGUAAUGGGGAUAGCUUGCACUUUAGUGACUGCAGAACUAAAGGAAAUGGGCUUUAAGAUGGAGCUCAAAGGACAGUUAAAUCUUGUAUUUAAACCGUAUAAUGCAUAAGAUGACCUUUUUCACCUCUGUCAAGCUUUUUAAGACUUGUGUAGGGCACUGGUGGGGAUUUUUAUUUAUGUUCUUUGUGACUAUUUGGCAGGUAUCAUUUUAAUUAACAGAAAUAUAUUGAUUUAAGGAAGUGGAGGAAUAUAGGAAUUGAACCUUAUGACACCCCUAUACCAAAGUGUAUUGACUGGAGAUGACCCUGCCCUGUUUCAGUCAUGUAUCUAUUUGGGGAAAAAUGACUUUCCUGGUUCUGAUUUAUUUUAAAACUAUGCAUUUUUUUACUUCUCAAAGCGGCUGCUACUGUCAAAGUAGGUUACUGCAGGUUUAUGUAAAUGUAUGCCGUUUUUCCCUUUUUUUACAUUUGUUUCAUGUUACAUACAUUCAGCAAAAAAUGUGAUGGAUAUGAAAUAAUUUAGAUUAAAUUUCAUAGUUUCCUUCUACUGUAAAUGAAAGGAGUUUCAAUGAUUUUGAAAAAAAUAUUAUGCCAUUGGAUAUUCGAAGUCCUUCCUAUAAAAAGGCACAAAAUUGCAUAUUUUACCGUCGUACAUUGAAAGCUAUUCCCCUUACAUUAGUCUAGAUCCAGUAGAAAAUACAGUAUUAUGGAAUACUGUAAUACAGAAUUACAAACAUUUGUAUAAAUUGUAAUUUUCUUCCCCUUGAAUAAUGUUCUUGUUGAGUUCAUUAAUGCACUGCAUUUUAUUCUAACAGUGAAGGGACGUGUUUCACCUGGAGACAAAAAAAGGCAUUUAGUGGUAAAGUACGGGUCAUCUAUUACAGGUUUAAAUAGCUUAUAGUAUAGUGAAGAACAGUGUGUGAAUAAGGCAUGCAAAUCAUAAAGGGAAUAGCUAAUUGGCCAGAUCCUGUGGUUUUUAUGAGCUUUUAAUCUUCUGAGCCUUAUAUCCAUACCAAAGAGUAACUAAUUAGUGUGAGAUAAAAACCAUUAAAUAGGAUUUUUUAGAAGAACCCACAAGUAACCCAGUCAUUUGCCUAUUUGCCUGACAUCAGUCAAUGACCUUUAUAUGGCCAUUUGGAAUUGUCCUUCAUUCAGGUGGGAUGGUUGAAAAUAAUUUGAGGAAAUUGUGAAACUGGCAACUGAUCUGUAGCACUGGAAAACAUGCUGAAAACCACACUACUGUUCUGGUUUAUAAAAACCAAUGUAGCAGGACAAUAUUGGGGUUAAUUCAGUUGACUGUUGUAAGUGUUCCUCUCAUUUUGAACCCCACCGUUUGUACAUAUGAAAGCUCUGACACUGUAUUGUUAUAACUUAAACUGGUUCUGUGCACCUGCACCCUCUGAAAUACUAUAUUGGUGAUUUUGGAUCAGGAGCCAGCUAAACUGUGCUUGUGUGUUUGGCCGCUGGCGCCCUUUCUUGUACAGAUAAUGCUGUGUGUUUUGAUUUUUUUUCUUAGCUUGGUGUUUUUUAUUUGCUUCCUGAGAUUUAUUUUGGUUGGCUUUUUACAGAAGACGUCUGCUUCAAGUGAGAAAAUAGCAUGGGUAUUUAAAAAAAAUAAAAAAGUAUUAUAUAUUACCAGGUUCCAUAGCUAUCUUUCUCUGACAGAUUUUGAACAUUGCAAUGGACAUCGGAAUGUCAUGGUUAAAAUUUCAAUAAGCUUUGAAGGUUCAUGUUAUUGCACUAAACGUUUAAUGAACCAAGGCAUUGGCACCUCUUUUAGGACAAAUGCAUCAAUUGAAGCCCCCCAAAUAUUUUUUUAAAGAGCUUAACUAAGUGAAAGAAUAAUUGAAAUGUCAAUCAAAAAAUAUGAGAACGCUAAUUGUCUUGUGUAGCAAUAUAAAUUAAUCUCAGUGAGAUACAUUUUUUUUAAUUUUUUUUACUUAAUUCUCAUGAGAAUAUGAAACUCAAUUUAAAAACAUUUUAACAGAAAUAUUCUCAAAUAAAUCAUUCACCAUGUUAAUAAAUGAUAUGUGUGCAUGUUUGUAGAAUUCUAUUGUACAGAGUAUUUGUAACCACUUUGCUGUAAUUCAGGAUUGGUCCUGUCAAUCGGAACAGAACGGUAUAGUGACUCACAAGUUACUUGCAUUGUUUGACGUUUACUAAUUCAGAUUAAUAUUUGUUCUGUAUGUUCAGGUUUUGAAUCCAUUCUGUUUAUUUAGAUGUUUUUACUUUUUUUAUGUAACUCUGUGAAGAUUAUUAUUUUUUUCUCCAGAAACCAUUGAAAAUAAGCACUGAUGUUUGUACUUAAAUGAAGACAAACCCUGUCUGUUCUUCUUUAAGUGCACAGGGGCAGCUGAGUCCUGUACUUUUCACAGACCUGGUAUAAAGUCCCUUUAACCCUUGUUGUUGUCCAGUGUACAGCAGACCGUAGAGUAAUUUGAUAAAGUUGCUUUAGCGUUUCAGCAAAGUUUCUUCUGUCUUUUUUUAAUUGAAGUGCUCACUGAUGUUGAGAUUUUUUUUUAAUGGUUUUUAAAACCAAUAAACUUUUUUUAAGUACUUGAA